UUUGUCAUUCAAUUUUAUAAACACUUCUUGUUUUUCAGUUUAACCGUGAUUUCAUUGAUGACAGUUUUGUUGUUUAUAUUCUGUAUCCCUAAAUGCAAGGCUUCAGCCAAGAUCUGUAUAUUUGCAUGUCCGGGUAAAACAUGUCCGUACGGCUAUGUUCCUGCAGGUUGUCCACGUUGCCAGUGUGCUCCAAAUCCAUGUUUGUUUACAAAAUGUCCAUCAGGGUUUUCAUGUAAACCUAUUCCACAAAGAUGUCCGCAUUUUCAAGAAACAUGUCCACAUAGAGCCCAUUGUGUUUCUGAUGUAUCGAAAGGAGAACAGCCCUGUGGUUGUACUGAUGAAUUUAAACCUGUCUGCGCUACUAACUUUAUAGACGGCACCGUCAAUUUUGCAAAUGAAUGUAACAUGAGAUGUAGUCUACUCCAUUACAUAAAGUUCGAAGAUGGUUUCUGUCAUUGUGACUGUCCGGAUUACUAUGAUCCCGUAUGUGGCGUUGAUCAAAACGGCGAAGUGUCUUUUGUUAACAACUGUUGGCGAUCCUGCAAUGGUGUCCCACUGCAGCACGAGGGUAUGUGUGACUGUAAUUGUCCUGUGACAGAGAAGCCCGUAUGUGGAAAUGAUGGACAGACUUACAUAAAUGAGUGUAUCAUGGGAUGUGUAGGUGUUACUAAAGUAAAGAAUUCUGCCUGCUGAAGACUGGUAUGAGUAACGAACGCUAGAAAUGUGUACAUCUCAAUAGACACUCAAGGACUGCAUUAAAUAAGACUUUGUAACAUAUCAUGUUUUAAUGUAUUAAUAUUCUAUAUAUAUAUAUAUAUAUAUCAACCAUCAUCAUCAAAUAAAAAAAUGUAAAUAAAAAAAUUAAUUUUUGAUAAUACCUGAA